GACCAUCUACCUGAACAGGUACAAGAUCACCUGUGUGAGCAUCACAUAUGAAGCUCGUGUGUGUGAAUGUCAAGACAGUUUGUCGCAGCAGUAAGGUUAAGGACAAAACACAGACACAGCAUGGAGACUAGAGGAGUUUUGUUUCUCUGUGUGACCUGCCUCAGUCUGUUUACAGGAGCGCAUUGCGGUAAAAAGGACAUUUACGCGAAAGUUGUGGAUUUAGUGUCUCCAGGUAAAGAGUUUCUCACGGAAAAUGCGCUGCUUUCGCUGUUUGAACGCCUGGAGAACCGCGUUCAGUGCUCCGGUGUGUCGUGUGGAAAGUGCUUGUCUGUUGCACAUCUUGGCCAGUUGUUAAGUAACUACAGCAGCUCACGGGGUCUACAAAUGGAGGAUUUCUUCACGAUGGCCCCUGGAUGCUGUCUGUUCCUGAGUGCUCCGCUGGAGACUUGCAGGGCCAUACAGGAAGGCCGCUGGGAUGAAGAGACCCAUCACUUCGUUGAAAUGAUCUUAGGCCAUGACAACACUACCGACAGUCAUAAUGAGAUUAGUGGCACAGAACAUGAGGGUUUGGAGCAGCUGUUUGAUGAGAUGGAAAAAUACUAUCAACCAGACACACAUGAGUCCUGUCUUUCACUAAAAGACAUCCUGGAAGAGAGCGGUGAUCAUCACAUAGAGCUGGACGCUGUUUUUGGAAACAUACUUUAUCAUGCUCUGCGUGGAGACUGCAUGAAGUCACAUGUCCUUCCUGAGCAAGAAUACUUUCUGGAUUACAUCUUCAGCAAAUUUGCCUCUAAUAAUCUCACACUUAAUGACUUUGAAGAGCUUCUGAAGAAGCUGAAUUUAGGCGGAGAGGAACACGACCAUGAUGAUGCCCACACUGAUGAUGAAGGCCACCGCAGCGGACCGACCCCCAGAGAAAGUGAUCACGAUGAUCACCAUAGCAACAGCACCUGGGACAAGAUGUGUUUCAGCGCUGAAGACCUGCUGAGGAUCUACCAGCUGAACUCUUCAUCACUGACUAGAGAUCAGUUCACUCAGCUUAGUCCUGCUCUGAUUCAGCAGAUCCUCAGUGGAAGCUGUUCUGAGACCACUCUUACCCACGUGACCCCUGAUGCUUUAAGCACCGCUCAGAGAUACGGAUAUGCCACCCUUGCCAACAUCAUCAUCUGUCUAAUGGCCAUGUUUGGGAUUGUGGUGCUGCUGUUCUCCAGGUGCACGCAAGCGUUUCAGAUGUGCAUUCAGUUCUGCAUCAGUCUCGCUGUGGGAUCCCUGACGGGUGAUGCUCUUCUGCAUCUGAUUCCCAUGUUCUUAGGUCUUCAUGCACAUGAAGAAGGACACAAUCAUGAGGAGGAGAACCUUGAUUUCAUUUACAAACUUCUGGUGGUCAUUGGCGGCAUCUAUGUCUUCUAUCUAAUGGAAACCAUCUUCGCCAUCAUCACUCGACAUGGUCAUGAUCAUGCUGGAGAGUCUGACCUUCAUCACUGUGACCACAGCAAAGUUCUGCAGAUGUUCCAGAGCAGGAGAGCACAGCAAAACAACAACUCUACAUCACAGGAUGAGUUGGUGGAUGAUCAGAACAAUGAGAAGUCCUUCCAGGAGCACACACCAUUUAGCAGCACACGAGAGAAGCGUCUGCUGCCGUAUAUGAUCACAAUUGGAGACGGGAUUCAUAACUUUGCAGACGGUCUGGCCAUAGGCGCUGCAUUCUCUGCAUCGUGGCGUUCAGGACUGGCGACAUCGCUGGCCGUUUUGUGUCACGAGCUACCGCAUGAGUUAGGUGAUUUUGCGAUCCUGUUGCAUUGCGGUCUGUCGGUGAGGAAUGCUCUGCUGCUGAAUGUGGGCAGCGCUCUCACCUCCUUCAUCGGGCUGUACAUCGCACUGUCCGUCUCCACUCAAACCGUCGCCCAGGAGUGGAUUUCUGCCAUCACCGCUGGCUUCUUCCUGUACAUCGGCCUUGCAGACAUGCUUCCAACUAUGAUUCACGUGGACAGUAAGAGGCCCUGGCUGAUUUUCCUGCUGCAGAAUCUGGGUCUGUUGACUGGAUGGGGGAUUUUAUUACUGCUGUCUUUAUAUGAAGAUCAGAUAGGCGUCUAAAAAAAUGAUGCAGGACUGUACUUUUCCUUGAUCAUGUUUGUGCGAUUGUGGAAACGGUGGAAAUAUUUGCAAAUUAGUGGAAUACUUUUAAAACCUAGUUUUUAUUUUUAAUACUUAAUGUUCAUUGUUUUUGUUGGGAACAGAAGAAACAAUUACAGAAAAAGAAAAACAUUUAACAAAAAUAACAAAAGUUGCUAUACAUUACAUAUAUGUGACCCUGGAACACAAAACCAGCCUUAAGUAGCACUGGUAUGUUUGUAGCAAUAACCAACAAUGCAUUUGUAUGAGUCAAAAUUUUUCUUUUAUGCCAAAAAACAUUAGGAUAUUAAGUAAAGAUCAUGUUCCAAAAAGAUAUUUUGUAAAUUUCCUACUAUAACUAUAUCAAAACUUAAUUUCUAAUUAGUAAUAUGCAUUGCAAAGAACUUUAUUUGGACAACUUUAAAGGCAAUUUUCUCAGUAUUUUUUAUAGUUGUAUCUCGGCCAAAUAUUGUCCUGUCCUAACAAAUUCAUACAUCAAUGGAAAGCUUAUUUAUUAUAAAUUUUAAUUACAAAAAUUUACGCCUUAUGACUGGUUUUGUGGUCCAGGGUCACACAUGUUUGUGCUAAAAUAUUAUUAUAUGAUAUUAUUAAAACAGGAACAGUGGGGGCAGCUGUGGCUUAAUGGUUAGGGAGUCGGGCUUGUAACCGAAAGUUUGCAGGUUUGAGUCCCAGGUCUGGCAGGGAUUGAAGGUGGGGGGAGUGAAUAACCAGCACUCUCUCCACCCUCAAUACCACGACUGAGGUGAGUCCCUUGAGCAAGGCACCGAACCCCCAACUGCUCCCCGGGCACCGCAGUGAUGGCAAUAUGGCUGCCUACUGCUCCAGGUGUGUGUUCACGGUGUGUGUGUGUGCACUUGGGUGGGUUAAAUGCAGAGCACAAGUUCCAAGUAUGGGUCACCAUGUCACGUCCUUUCCUUUCCUGUCUUUUCCUAAAACACUUCUCUAAUUAGAGAAAAAAAUUCUCUAAUUGAAAAAUUUAACAGAUAAAUCAGCAAUAUGAAUCACUUUAUUUACAGUAUAUAAAUGGCUUUUUAUAGCCAUCAGCACUUUAGAUAUAGUUUCUCAAGAAGCUCCUGUCCUUCAGUUUAAAUGUACUUUUACUAGUAAACUAUGUCUGUACUGUAUUGUAAAGAUGUAACUGGCCUAAAAAAUGUACUGUUGACCAUUACACUUGAUAUAUGGAUUUUACUUCAUAAAAUUCUGCUAAUCUGAAAGUAGAUUUCUGUCAUGCUGUGUAGUGAUAAAACUAAUCAAUUCACAAUGAUAUGUAGCUUUUGACCUAGUCUGAGAAUAGUCACUCACAGUGCUUUAAUAAUAGUAAAGUCUUAUGUAAAGACCAUUUUCAGAGUUGUGAGUGUAUUAUUAGUCAUGUUAGAGAUUGCAGGGCUGAAAGUGCUGUGGUAAAGUAAAUUUGUCUCGUCGUCAAACCUGAAGUGCUGAAGUUUCAUUUAAUUCUGACUUGCAUAAGUUUCAGAGGUGCUCAUUAAAUGAUCUAUGUAAAAGCACGGGACAAUGACUGCUGCCUCUGAAAAUACAUGUACACACCCAAUUUAAAAUACAGUGCAAACCCUUGAAGAAAGAAAGCCUUUAAAAUGAAUGCCAUUUAAAAUAACUGAAUUGGUAUUUAAGUCACUGUGUGGGUCAGAAAUGAGCCAGGGUGUGACGAAAGUGACCUGAUAAGCAAUUCCUUCAUAUUUUAUAACAUGUGACCCUAGACCACAAAACCAGUCUUAAGUAGCACAGGUAUAUUUGGGUAUAAUAGCCAGCUAUACACUGUAUGGGUCAAAAUGAUCAAUUUUUCUUUUAUGCCA